ACGGGAAUGAAAAAGCAGCUGCAGCCUGCAUGCCCAUUGUAUUUCUUUCAUUCACCCAAGAAAAUAAGAUGGGUGCCUCCAAAUGGCUUAUCUUUUUCGCAUGCAUUUAUUUGAAAGAGUUUGAAAGCGAAGCCUCAUCCUGGACAUCCACAUCUCCAGCCUCAGUUAAAGGGCUCCUCGGCUCAUGUGUGGUGAUCCCCUGCUCUUUUAACUAUCCCGAUGAAGGAAAUAAAUAUGAAUUCACUGGGAUUUGGAACAAUCCAAAUGGCGUAAUUUUUCGCUCUGGACAGACGUUACAGCAGUAUCAGAAUCGCGUUGAGCUUGUUGGAGAGCUGAAAUCAAAGAACUGCUCUCUGAAGAUCGACCCCCUUCAGAAGAGCGACGUGGGGCCCUUUGAUUUUAGAAUUGAAAUUAAGAACUACAACAGCUAUUCCUACAAAAAUAAUAUCGCCAUUUCAGUUAUAAGUGAGCCAAAUCCUCUCCAACUCUCGGUGGAAGAGGACAUUAAGGAGGGACAAAAUGUGUCUGCAGUCUGCUCUGUGUCUCACUCCUGCCCCGCCUCUCCUCCCAAUUUCAAGUGGAGUCACCUCGGAGAGGAGAUUCAUCAGUCCCAACAGCUUGACAAUGCAGAGUGGAACACAAGAUCUAUUCUGAGCUUUCGGCCGACUCAUAUUGACCACAACAAGCCUUUACAGUGCACUGUAACCUACAAGGGGGGGAAAAGUCAGGAGAAAUCCAAGAUCCUUCACGUAAAAUAUGCACCACUGAAUGUGAACAUUGAGUACAAGGUCGACGUAAAGGAGGGAGAAAUUGUGGAUCUCACUUGCUCCAGUGAGGCUCACCCUCCUGUCAGUCGCUAUGAGUGGCACAAUGAAACUGGAGCAAAGAUCUCUCAGGGAAACCUCUACAUAGUGUCAAAUGUUUCUAGAACAAUAGGAGCAAUGUAUUGUGCUGCUAUCAACGACGAGGGAAAAAAUGUUUCACGGCCUGUCCAGCUCAAUGUUUUAUAUGCUCCUGAGAUAAAGACUGAGUCGUCAUGCUCAGUAGAGGGCAACUGGGUGAAGUGUGAGUGUAUUGUGGACUCCAAUCCUGCCAGCACCGUCACAUUUAAGCAUUCUGACAAAAUUCUGCCUGGAACUACAAGAGAUAAAAAUGGUUUCUAUACCAUAAAGAUUCUUUGGAAAGACAUUGAGCCUUCCAAGUUUGUGCAGUGUUUGGCAUCUAACAUCGAAGGGAAGGCCAGCCAUACACUCUCUGUAUCUCAUGACGAGAUGAUGCUUUACAUUUUCAUUGCCAGUGGAGCAGCAGGGUUCUUGCUGUUGGUUAUACUUGUAGUGGGACUUUAUAAGAAAUGCAGGGGGAAACCGAGAGACACUUCGGAGUUAAACAUGAGUGCCAUGAUGACAGAAAGGCCUCAGCAACCACCAGAGAAGGACUCAAACAGAAACAAGAUUUGUGAUGAUCCACAUUCUUCUAAUAUUUAUAUGAAUGAAGAUAUGUAUGGAAAUGUUGGGACUGACUGGGAUGAUCAAAUAUAUGCCAAUGUCUAAUAAAUAAAGGAAAAGCUGCAGUUUGUCUACCUGUUUGAGGAAAAAUAUCAAUAUUCAGGUCCGUAAUUAAUGGUCUAAUUAUAUUUUAAGUUUGUUCUGUGUAAAUAUUUAGAAUGUAUUUCCUUUAAAUAAAGGAAAUUAAUUCUGUAUAUAUUUGGGUUACAUUUAACUCUCAAACAUUAGAGUGCCUCAUAAGGCCCUUUUGCUUGCAGCUAUAACUUUUCCAAAUAAGUCUUGUAAAUUCAUGUAUCGAUAAUAUCUAUUAAGCUGUUGUAAAAGUGUACUUUUAAUUAUUGUUUAUGUAGCAGUACUUAUCUGGUUUCAACAUAUUGUGCAAGUGUUGUUGUCUUUAGAAUUUCCUCUUUUGCUUAGAAGAUUGUGAUAUCUGAUUAACGUGUUUAAAAGUGAAACUAUUCUGACAAAAGAAAUAAACUUUAAAAAGAUCAAAUGAUGAUCCUGUAGUUGUUGACCUGCAAGCUUCGUAAGUGCAGAUGUGAAAAUAAGUUAAAGAGUAUCACUGUUCAAUAAUAAAUGAAGAAAGUGUGGUUGUUGA